GGCCCGCCGGUGCGCACAGGUGCUGGGGGCCCCGCUGGCCCCUGCCCUGCCUAGGGCCGGCCGCCGACCACUUCCACCUUCCCGCCCCCUCGUAGCUUCCCGGAGAAGCCGGUCUACACCGAGACAGCAGAGGAGGGCGAGCCGCACGGAGCCCGCUUAUCUGCCCAUCGCCCCUUACAUAACGCAGAGCCCCUAUCUCCCGGGGCCAUCGCCCUGCUCCCACGCGCGGGCCCCAGUUCCCCGCAAGCCUUGUGCUGGUCAUGGGGAGCAGAGGGACGCUGACUCAUCGCCACGCGGGGCUCCGGGACUUGCACAGCAAGUGGUUCCCACUCCUUUCCACCCCCCGCACCGAGCCCCAUGGGAGACCCCACUCUGCGGAGGAGGAAACCGAGGCCCGGGAGAGGGGAAGGGGCGGUCACACAGCCAGACAUGCGGGCCACCGCGGGUGGGGAUGGCUUCCCAGCGUCUGGACCUACGGGCUCCUGCUGCGAACAACCAACCGUGGGCUGUGGAUGAAGUGGCAUCCUGGCAGGGAGAGAGGCGGGCAAGCCGGGAGGCUUGUGAGCAGCAGUGAGGGCCCAGCGCCCUGUGGAAAAGCCUUAGCCAGAGCUUGCGUCUCACUGAGGGGAGGAUGGAGGGAGGCUGAGCAGGCAGAGGAGGUCCUGGGGAGACCCUGGGCUGGGGAGGAAGUGGGUAGGUAAGAUCCUGACAUCAGCACCCAGCAGGCAAACGCUGCGCCCUCUCUGGCUGCUUCUACAGCUCCUGGGGCAAUGAGGGAAAAGCAGAGGACACAGAACAGCACUCCCCAGCACUGCUGCAUCCUGCUCAGGGGACACUAGGGGCCCCAGGGGGCAGGAGCUGGUCCCUUGAGACUGACGGGCAAGGGCAAAGGUGGCGGCUGCUGCCUCAGUGGCCUGGAACAGUCACACACUGGCACCUGGGCUCAGGCAGGGCAGUCUCUGGCUAGCCGCCCAGUAAGCAUUUCCUGGCAGGACGGCCGAGGGCUGAAGGCCUGGGCAGGAACCCCAGCUGUCCAGGCUGCGCCGACUCAGGGUUCCAUCAAGGCAAUUGUGCAACCUGGGGUUCCUGGAGGAGCCCUGGUCUGGCUGGGUCUUCCACCUGACAUCCGAACAUCUGAACGGUUAGCAUCUUUCCCACCGGGCCAACAGGGAGGAACUGGGUGGGCCAACAGCCGGGCUUGGCACUGUUCUUUUAUCCUGCUCGACUUUCAUAUCUAAACCAAGUAUGACCUUGGUAAUCUAAGAAACUGGUUCACUGUGGGCUGGCGCUGUUGCGCACUAUGUUAAUCCUCCACCUGCGGCACCGGCAUCUCAUAUGAGCACUGGGUUCUAGUCCCGGCUGCUCCUCUUCCAGUCCAGCUCUCUGCUGUGGCCUGGGAAAGCAGCAGCAGAUGGCCCAGGAGCUUGGGCCCCUGCACCCGCAUGGCAGACCAGGAAGGGGCACCUUGCUCCUGGCUUCAGAUCGGCGCAGCGCCGGCUGUUGCAGCCAUUUGGGGAGUGAACCAAUGGAAGGAAGACCCUUCUCUCUGUCUCUCUCACUGUCUGUAAUUCUACCUGUCAAAUAAAUAAAUAAAAUCUUAAAAAAAAAAAGAAAGAAAGAAAAACCGGUUCACUGGCUAAACCUCCCCCAUUCCUACAGCUGGUAGACUGCGGUCACCCACCACCGAGACUCCAUGCAUGUCCAGUGAAGGAAGGGGUCAGAGGACAGGUGCUCAGCGUGGUCACCAGGUAGCCAUGGCAAGUGUGGGCCCCCUCACCUACUCCUGGAAGCAAGCCCAGCCAGAUCUUGGAAACUAUGCAUGAGACCCUUCUCAAUAAGUCCAUGCGAAAUCAAACUCUUUCCUUUAUACAUGCUGGAUUUUCCACAAAGUCAAAAAAAGAUGAGUAAAGAUGUGGUUUAUAGAUAUGUCUGCCAGCGGAGACCAGGGUGCUGGGGCGUCACCACUCGGGCCUAUAAAAGCUGCCACAGGAGGCCAGGGCCACAGUCGCUCAGCUGGGCCAGCCCGCACGCCUGCUCCCGAUCCUCCUCUGCUGCUCUGGGCUCCAUGGCGCUCUGGUGGGCUGUGGCCAUUGCUGUGACCUGCCUUGGCAGCCUCGUAUCCCCAGGCCCUGUGCCUCCCCCCACAUCCCUCAAGGAGCUCAUCGAGGAGCUGGUCAACAUCACACACAACCAGAAGGCUCCACUCUGCAAUGGCACCAUGGUGUGGAGCGUCAACCUGACAGGCAGCGUGUACUGCGCAGCCCUGGAGUCCCUCGUCAAUGUCUCUGGCUGCAACGCCAUCCAGAGGACCCAGCGGAUGCUGAGCGGACUCUGCACAGACAAGGCUGUGGCCAAGGUAAGGCUCCCUCCCACAUCUCAGCCCCACCCAGCACCCACUCCUGCCAGCCCUGGCUCACCUGGGUCCCCUGUGGCAGCAGGGGGGACACGGCCCCUGGGGAUUUCUCAAAGCAAGGCUCCAGGGCCCCUACCUCCCCCCUGAGCCUCAGUUUCCACAUCUGUGAUGCAGCAGAAGUAACAGGACCCACCUCCUGGGCACUCUGGAGCGGGUUGAGGGACACAGCCCUGGUACCCACUAACGCGCCUCCUCUUCGUCCUGCAGCAGGUCACCAGCGUGCAAGCGCGAGACACCAAAAUCGAACUGCUGCAGUUCCUGAAGGAGCUGCGCAGGCACCUGCAGAUGCUGUACCGCCUGGGGAAGUUCCGCUGAAGCCCGCAGGUCGGCCCCCAGUGCCGCCAGCCGCUGAGUUCUCCUGGGGAAUGGGGAAGGGGAGAGGGAAGGGGAAGAUUUCCUUAGUUUAGACUUCAUCUGUGCUGCCCACCCCUGCUCCUGGGGCCUGGGUUCAGCCCGCUGCGCCUCCUGUCCAGGGCUCUGAGCCUGGGGGACGAGGGUGCCUGCCACCCCUGCUCUAGGGGCCAUGGCAUCCCAGAGGGGGCACACGGGGUGGGAGAGGGACCUGCUUCACACAGGGCCCAGGGGCAGUGCAGCGCGGGCACUAGUCUCUUAUUUAUUAUUGUAUGUUAUUUAAAGCGUCUGUCAGGCUGGGGCUGCCCAGAGCCGCGGGGCUCCAGUGCUAAGGCAGCAGGUGCCAGGAGUCCCUGCUAAGAAGUACUGUGCACAGAAUUCUGCUACCUCAUUGGUUCUGGGUCCUCCGGGCCUCAGCCAAGGCCAGGGACAGGAGAGGGCCAGGGAGCCACUCUUGUCGACAGCCAACAGCCUAGGAGUAAUUUAUUACAGUGUUUCCUCAUAUUUAAAGUAUUCAGCAUGUUAGCACAGAGUUCAUAAUAUAUACUGAUGUGCAGCCUGGGACACGAGCGGGGCUGUGGAUGGGGGGAAGGGCAAUUCUGUCAAACUGGAAUAAAGAUGACGACAAAGAGACUGGAUCCUCUUUUGGGUCUUUGGGGAGCUGGUCUGGGGUCUCCCAACUCUGAGGAGCUCUGCGGGAGGCAGGCUGGCUGAAUAAGGGGCGGGGAGGGAGCCCCUCUUCGGGCUGCUGCCCAUGGCAAGGAGGCGGGGGAGGAAGCCUGGGCCAGGAUGGGAAGGCAUCCCACCAUCAUGACCCUGACCAGCAGCCAGCUGUGUCGGUGGGCGCCGUAUCUCCCUCACACUCUGGCAGUUACGGUUCACCCAGGGACACACAGCUGUUAAGAAGCAAAGCCAGGCUCUGGGCCCCGAACGCACUGCGACUCCGAAGCUUGUGCUCUCUCCAGUGGCCUGGAUGCACUGUUCCCUUCCUUUACCGUCAGGGACUGGCUUAUCCCCACUGACACGACAGGGAGCUCAUCUAGCUCUGAGCCCCUCUCAUUAGGGACUGCACUCACAGCACUGGACAGACACAUGGCUCGGUCUGUGGCCUCUGUGCCGCAGGGCAGAUGGGGAGCCUGGACCAGUGGGCUCAGCCCGCAGUGGGAGGGCUGAACCAGCAGGCCUCAGCAUGGCAUCCCUUGAAUCUCUAAGAGGUACCAAAGGCAGAGAUGGUUCCAGAAGGCUGGGGUGUCUUUGCAGAGGCAGUGGGUCUCCAGGCAGCUGUCCUGCUGGGAGCCCAAGGCACCAGUGGGAACACCCUGUGAUGCUGAGAAGUCAAUGUAGACAGCUAGUGCUCACGGCUGUAUCACUCGGGCAAGAGUAGAAGACCUGGCAGCCAACGACUAUGGGCAACUGCUCAGGGACUGCUCACGUCCACCGAGGAGUAGCCAGGCUGGAUGGGGCAGGAGCCAGGGAUGCCAGGCCCAGCGAGAAGCCUCGGGGAGGCACACAGGAACUGUGUCUCCAUGGGCUGUGUAGGGCAGGGGACAGAACCAGCCUCUGGGUGCCAAGGGGAUCAAAGAACCUGUGGAGUGCUUCUCCAUCCGCUGAGGGUCACCUGAGGCUGGCACCACAAUGGCCAUCCAGGCACAUUGACUCCAGGGUCACCACCAAAAAGAGUUUCGUUUUUAUUAAUGCAGGGUCCUUAGGAGGGAGGCCCACCCUCUGGAGGUGAGCAGGGGCUGACUUGCUGGGGGGAUAGGAGAGGUUCGGAAGUUGGGGGAGAGAGUCAGGAUCCCAGCAGCCUGCUCCAUCCAGUCUAGGAGCUUUAAG